AAAAGUCUCAGUGCUCCUAAACGUAACUCAAAUCUGUCAUACUGUCAUACCUGUGAAAAGUUGCAAGAACAAGACCUAAAACAAUGUUGCGCAUCACAGCCGGUAAACUUGCAGGUGCCAUGCGAGGCGCUCUUGUGGGAAAUUCCACCCGCGUGGCCGCCGUGCGCAGCUUGCACGGAACCGAGGAGUCGGCGGAGGAGUUCGAUAAGCGCUACGAGAAGUACUUCAGCCGUGAGGGCAUUGACGGAUGGGAGAUCCGCAAGGGCAUGAACGACCUUCUGGGCAUGGAUCUGGUUCCCAGCCCCAAGAUCGUCGAGGCUGGUCUGCGUGCUGCCCGUCGUGUCAACGAUAUCGCUUUAGCCAUUAGGUGGCUCGAGGGAUGCAAGUACAAGUGCGGCGACCAGAUGGCCACUCUCUACCCGUACAUUCUGGAGAAGGUCACUCCCACCCUCAAGGAACUCGGCGUGCCUACCCUCGAGGAGCUGGGCUACGACAAGCCCGAGCUGGCUUUGAAGUCUGUGUACGACCAAUAGAUUUCUUAACCCACACAAAACACAAUACACACUGCUACACUGGCUACCCAUUAUAUGUAGGGUGCGGAUGAACAUGUUGUUGGAUUACUAAUAAAAGGAGAUCGGAGUAAGGCUACUACACAA